AUGGCCUCCGAAAGCGGCGAUAACAACAUGGACAGAGAAAUGAUUCUGGCUGACUUUCAGGCCUGCACUGGGAUUGACAACAUUGCAGAAGCAAUCACACUAUUAGAACUUAAUAACUGGGAUUUAGUGGCUGCUAUCAAUGGAGUGAUACCACAAGAAAAUGGAAUAUUGCAAAGUAAUUAUUCUAGUCAAGCAAGUCAAGCCGACGUGUUCAGUCCUGCCGGCCAAUCAGAAGCCGCAGAAGCAGAAUCUGGAGGGGCAGAGCUACCACCCCCACCACCUUCAACAUCGUCCUCAUCAUCUCCUCCAUCAUCUUCCUCAGCGUUUUGUCCCCUCAAUGUUUCCUCCAGACACAUUGUAGAACGGCAGCCUCGUAUGCUCCACUUUCGGGUGGAGUACAGACAGCGCUCUGUGGAGCUUGUUGUAGAUGAAUCAAGUGCAGUUGGUGAUAUCAAACAAAUUCUUGAGGCAGAGAUUGGAGUACCUGUUUCCAGAAUGCAACUCAAAGGAUGGAAAAGCGGUGAUGUCUCUGACAGUACACCAUUGAGGAGUUUACACCUGCCUAAGAACAACAGCCUCUAUGUCCUGACCCCGGAUAUUGCUCCUACAGCCAGUACCAGUACAAACAGUGCUCUACAAGAUUCAUUAAACCAGAACUUUCUCUUGGUCAUCAGUCAUCGUGAGGCUCAAAGGGACUACAGUCUAAACUUCCCCGGCUCCAGAACUAUACAGGAGGUGAAGAGAAAUAUUUCAGACUUGACGAACAUCCCAGUACGACAUCAACAAUGGGAAGGAUGGCCUACAUCUGCGUCAGAUGACUCUAUGACACUAGCUGCUUCGGGUAUUAGUUAUCCUUGCCAUCACCUCAGUGUUUGUCGGAGAUCAUCACCAGCCAAUCCUCAGGAGCCAUCAGAAGAGGUAUGUUCCCUGUCUGUGCAGUGUGCAGAUGUACAUAUGAUCAGCGACAGUGAGGGUGAUGACUUUGAGGAUGCCUCCGAGUUUGGUGUGGACGACUCAGAAAUGUUUGGAAUGGGCUCCUCCUCGAGUAGUCGAAAAUCACCCAUGAUGCCAGAAAACAGUGAAAAUGAAGCUGAUGCCUUACUGCACUUUACUGCUGAAUUUUCUUCAAGGUACGGAGAGAAUCAUCCCAUGUUUUUCAUUGGGUCUUUGGAAGCAGCGUCUCAAGAAGCCUUCUACGGCAAAGCCAGAGAUAGAAAGCUGCUGGCGAUCUACCUCCACAACGACGACAGUGUUCUCGGCAACGUCUUUUGCUCUCAGAUGAUGUGUGCCGACUCUAUUGUUUCCUAUUUGAGCCAAAACUUUAUUACAUGGGCCUGGGAUGUCACUAAAGAAGCCAACAAAGCCAGAUUACUCACCAUGUGUACAAGGCAUUUUGGAAGUGUGGUAACGCAAACUGUACGGACGUAUAAGACCGACCAGUUCCCACUGCUCCUUAUAGUCAUGGGAAAACGCACAUCUAAUGAAGUUCUAAAUGUUAUUCAAGGCAAUACAACAGUUGAUGAGCUCAUGAUGAGAUUAAUGGGAGCCAUGGAAAUCUUCACAGCACAACAGCAAGAGGACAUCAAAGAUGAGGAUGAACGAGAGGCAAGAGAGAUGGUGAAGAGGGAGCAGGAUGAAGCCUACCGCUUGUCACUAGAAGCUGACCGCAAAAAGAGAGAAGCCCAGGAAAAAGAAGAGGCUGAACAAGUCCGUCUUGAACGGAUGAAAAAGGAACAGGCAGAGGAGAAAGAGGCAAUUCGUCUGUCACUGGAGCAGACCCUACCACCAGAGCCUGAAGAGGAUUCAGGAGAGCAGAUCAGCAAACUCCGGAUCCGUACUCCGAGUGGAGAGUUCGUGGAAAGGCGUUUCCUGGGCAGCUGUAAACUGCAGGUCCUUUUCGACUUUGUGGCUUCUAAAGGUUACCCGUCAGACGAGUUCAAGCUGCUCACCACCUUCCCUCGUAGAAAUAUCACACAGUUGGACCCUUCCUCGACACUUGUGGAUGCCAAGUUGUUCCCGCAGGAGACACUGUUUCUGGAGGCAAAAGAGGCUUAA